AUGGAUUUGUUUCAGGAAAACAAAAGCAGCCUCACUUUCCGGACGAGAAAACGUCUUGCUCUUCUCAAAGAAGCCUUCCAGGAGCCUGGCAAUGACGAGAAGGAGAAGGUGCCACGCUAUACCUGGGCUAUUCUACUGGUCUGCGAAAUGGAAUUCUUUGAGGAAUAUAGAAAGUGGUGCGCGGCUGACGGCCACAAGAAUCGUGGAAUUUUUGAUGAAUUCGACAUUCUGGAAGCGUGGACCAAUAUAGAAUCAGACAGCGACGAUGAUUUCUGCUCCAAUAUCAUGGCUAAAGUCCGAGAAAGAGACGCCGACAAAUGUGUUAUUACAUCUCAGUCAACUUCUAUGCUUUGCGAUAUCUGUCCAGACCACUUACUGCAAAAAUUCAGUUAUAGAUUCUGGUCGGGACUUCUCCAAUGGUGGGAUUUUGAGACGGUACAGAGAUGGAAGCUGCCAUUGUUUCCCAAUCAUCCACAUACUGAGGCGGUAGAGACUAUUCAGAAUUAUAUCUCCUUGAGUCCGGUACUGCGAAAGUAUUGGGAAUGGGGAGACUUUGUGCUCCGACCUCAUCCAAAACAUAAGCAAGCCCCCUCGCAUCAGAAAGGGGACCACAGUUAAACUUGUUGGCUUGGAAUCGGAGGAACUCAAGGAUUUGAAAUCUGGGGAUUGGAUCACUCUGACAACUUCCGAUCCGGAUAGACUGCCGCUGCCGAGCUGGGAUCUUCUGGAGUUGCGGUUUAUUAUGACAAUUUUUGCUCGAUUUGCGGGAAAGAUCGUGCCAGGGGAGGGUUGUAACCAGGAAAAAUAAAUUGAAAGGAUUGUAUUGAGG